AUGCUGGACAUUCGAAGGUUUGAUAUUUAUCGGAAGAUACCGAAAGAUCUCACCCAGCCAACAACGGCUGGAGCUGUCAUUUCAAUGCUAUGCGUAGCAUUUAUCGCAUUUAUGAUAUUCAAUGAUGUUUUAGCAUAUAUUUUCAUAGAUUUAAGGAGCGAGUUCUUCAUCGAUGACCCAGGAAGAGAAGGAAAAAUUGAUGUUCAAGUUAAUGUGUCAUUUCCUCAUAUGGCUUGUGAAUAUCUCGGUGUAGAUAUUCAAGACGAAAACGGCCGACACGAAGUGGGAUUCAUCGACCACACUAACAAGGUGCCUAUUGGCGACGGAGGUUGCCGAUUCGAAAGCCGAUUCGAGAUUAACAAAGUCCCCGGAAAUUUUCACCUCUCAACACAUUCUGCUGCCACGCAACCCGACAACUACGACAUGAGACAUACUAUUCACUCCAUCAAGUUUGGAGACGAUGUUUCGCACAAAAAUCUAAAAGGAAGUUUUGAUCCCCUGGCUAACCGAGAUACUUCUCAAGAAAACGGACUGAACACCCAUGAGUACAUUCUGAAAAUCGUUCCAUCUGUCCAUGAAGAUUACUCUGGAAACAUACUUAAUAGCUACCAAUACACGUUUGGACACAAAUCAUACAUCACCUAUCACCAUUCCGGAAAGAUAAUACCUGCCGUCUGGUUUAAAUACGAAUUGCAACCGAUCACUCUCAAACAAACGGAACAAAGACAAUCCUUCUAUGCAUUCCUCACUUCCAUCUGUGCUGUUGUUGGUGGAACUUUCACUGUUGCCGGAAUCAUUGACUCAACUUUCUUCACGAUAUCAGAGCUUGUCAAGAAACAACAAAUGGGAAAACUGACCUGA